GAGAGAGAGAGAGUCCUUCGUGACGUCACGGCAGCCGCAUCAUCCGCGCGCUCCGUCUCCAGCUCUCCUCCGUCUCUCUCUCCAUCAAAACACUCCUCUCCUCCGCCACUCUUGUGUUUUCUGGUAGAAAUGGCCGCGCAGGAGGUGGCCUCGCAGCCCAGCGACACUCUGGCGACGCUCAAAACCGAAUCCGAGACGCUGAAGACGAAGCUGGAGGAGGAGAGAGCCAAACUGCACGAUGUCGAGCUACAUCAGGUGGCGGAGAAGACUGAGGCUUUGGGUCAAUUUGUCAUGAAGACCAGACGAACCCUGAAAGGCCAUGGAAAUAAAGUCCUGUGUAUGGACUGGUGUAAAGACAAGAGGAGAAUCGUCAGCUCAUCUCAGGAUGGAAAGGUGAUUGUAUGGGAUGCCUUUACAACAAAUAAGGAGCAUGCGGUGACUAUGCCCUGCACAUGGGUCAUGGCCUGUGCUUACGCCCCCUCUGGAUGUGCAGUGGCUUGUGGUGGGUUGGACAAUAAGUGCUCUGUGUACCCUCUAUCCCUGGACAAGAACGAAAACCUCGCCGCAAAGAAGAAAUCAGUGGCCAUGCACACCAACUACCUGUCCGCAUGCUGCUUUACUAACUCUGAUAUGCAGAUCUUGACGUCUAGCGGUGAUGGCACGUGUGCUCUUUGGGAUGUAGAGAGCGGUCAGAUGCUGCAGAGCUUCCAUGGACACGCGGCUGAUGUUCUGUGUCUGGAUCUGGCCCCCUCUGAGACCGCAAACACAUUCGUGUCAGGGGGCUGUGAUAAGAAGGCUUGCGUGUGGGACAUGCGCACGGGACAGUGCGCCCAAUCUUUUGAGACCCAUGAAUCAGACAUCAACAGUGUGCGGUACUAUCCGAGCGGAGAUGCUUUCGCUUCAGGCUCAGAUGACGCUACUUGUCGUCUCUAUGACCUGAGGGCAGACAGAGAGGUGGCCAUUUAUUCCAAAGAGAGCAUCAUUUUUGGAGCUUCUAGUGUGGAUUUCUCCGUCAGCGGGAGGCUGCUGUUUGGAGGCUACAAUGAUUACACCAUCAACGCGUGGGACGUUUUAAAGGGCACCCGCGUGUCUAUCUUGUUUGGACAUGAGAACAGAGUUAGCACCCUCCGUGUAUCUCCAGACGGAACAGCGUUCUGCUCAGGAUCCUGGGAUCACACAUUACGGAUCUGGGCCUGAAUGUUGGCUGAACCUCAGACUGCUUGCUUUUGACGUCCAUCAGAUUUCUCACUUUUCUCUCCGUAGCUGGAUUCAAGGAUUAACCGCAGACUGUAAUAGUGUGUUGAGUGCAGUAGAGUAGAUGAUACAGAGGGACUGUAGUGCAUCCAACUCUAAUCAACACAUGGUAUGCUUGGUAUUAUGGGAUGGACCUGGAUGAUGUUGAUGGCUUCUGUUUCUAUGACAGCGACUACCCCUCUAUUAUGGAGUUCUAGUUUAUGUGUAUGAAUGUGUGUGAACUUUUGAUCCAAGAAAUCAUUUAUCUGAAACAUUAAUCUAAAAAAUACAAAUGUAUUUCACGUUGUUUAGGUCUGUGCAUGAGGUUGAGACACUGGUGUCUAGAUUGACUGCUUGUGAAUGAGUGAAACUAAGGAGGGAUUGUUUAGUGGACACUAUUUCUGAUAUGCAAGCUAACAGAUUUAUUUAUGCUGUUUUACUCGUAAUAGUCUGGUGGUCAUUCAAUUAUUAUAUAUACUAUAGUUGUUCUUUCUUACUGUAGCAAAGUGUAUAUACCAUAAUAUCAUAUAGGUUGUCAUAUCGACACAGAUAUCCCUACACCUAAACCAAAUAAAUGGACUUUAAA